AGACUAUAAGGUUCAUGUGAUCUGUCACAUGACAGCGGAUCUCCGGAAAGGCAGAAUGAGACUCCGAGCCUGCCUCCUCGGGCUCCUUGCCCUCUUCGUCGCUGUCAAAUGCAAUUAUAGCCCGGAGCCGGACCAGCAGCGAACGUUGCCCCCAGGCUGGGUGUCCCUGGGCCGUGUAGACUCCGAGGAAGAGCUGAGUCUCACCUUUGCCCUGAGACAGCAGAACGUGGAAAGAUUGUCUGAGCUGGUGCAGGCUGUGUCGGAUCCUGGCUCUCCUCGUUAUGGAAAAUACCUGACCCUAGAGGAUGUGGCUGAACUGGUCCGGCCAUCACCACUGACCUUCCGCACAGUCCAAAAAUGGCUCUUGGCAGCUGGAGCCCGGAACUGCCACUCAGUGACCACACAGGACUUUCUGACUUGCUGGCUGAGUGUCCGACAGGCUGAACUGCUGCUCUCUGGGGCUGAGUUUCAUCGCUAUGUGGGGGGACCUGCAGAGAUCCAUGUUAUAAGGUCCCCACGUCCAUACCACCUCCCGAAGGCCUUGGCCCCUCAUGUGGACUUUGUGGGCGGGCUGCACCGCUUUCCCCCCACAUCAUCCCUGAGGCAACGCCCUGAGCCACAGGUGUCAGGGACUGUUGGCCUGCACCUGGGGGUGACCCCAUCUGUGAUCCGUCAGCGAUACAACUUGACAGCACAAGACGUGGGCUCUGGCACAACCAACAACAGCCAAGCCUGUGCCCAGUUCCUGGAGCAGUAUUUCCAUGACUCGGACCUGGCUGAGUUCAUGCGCCUCUUUGGUGGGAAAUUUGCACACCAGGCAUCAGUAGCCCGUGUGGUUGGACAACAGGGCCGGGGCCGGGCUGGGAUCGAGGCCAGUCUAGAUGUGGAGUACCUGAUGAGUGCCGGCGCCAACAUCUCCACCUGGGUCUACAGUAGCCCUGGCCGACAUGAGUCACAGGAGCCCUUCCUGCAGUGGCUCCUGCUGCUGAGUAAUGAGUCAGCCCUGCCACACGUGCACACCGUGAGCUAUGGGGAUGACGAGGACUCCCUCAGCAGUGCCUACAUCCAGCGGGUCAACACGGAGCUCAUGAAGGCGGCCGCUCGGGGUCUUACCCUGCUCUUUGCCUCAGGUGACAGUGGGGCUGGGUGUUGGUCUGUCUCUGGAAGACACCAGUUCCGUCCCAGUUUCCCUGCCUCCAGCCCCUAUGUCACCACGGUGGGAGGCACAUCCUUCCAGAAUCCAUUCCGAGUCACAAAGGAGAUCGUUGACUACAUCAGUGGUGGUGGCUUCAGCAAUGUGUUCCCACAGCCUUCAUACCAGGAGGAAGCUGUAGCCCAGUUCCUGAGCUCCAGUCCCCAUUUACCACCAUCCAGUUAUUUCAAUGCCAGUGGCCGUGCCUAUCCAGACGUGGCUGCACUCUCCGAUGGCUACUGGGUGGUCAGCAACAGCGUGCCCAUUCCAUGGGUGUCUGGCACGUCGGCCUCUACUCCAGUAUUUGGUGGGGUCCUGUCCCUGAUAAAUGAACAUAGAAUCCUCAGUGGCCGCCCCCCUCUUGGCUUUCUCAACCCAAGGCUCUACCAGCAGCAUGGAGCAGGACUGUUUGAUGUAACCCAUGGCUGCCAUGAGUCCUGUCUGAAUGAAGAGGUGCAGGGUCAGGGUUUCUGCUCUGGCCCUGGCUGGGAUCCUGUGACAGGCUGGGGAACACCCAACUUCCCAGCUCUGCUGAAGUCACUAAUCAACCCGUGACCCUUUCCUGCCGGAGAGUGAACCUAUCCCCUGCCCCAUAGCUGGUGGCUUAGUCCCUUAUUCUGCACUGUUGGAAGCCCUGCUGAACCCUCAACCAUAGACUGCUGCAGACAGCUUAUCUCCCUAACCCUAAAAUUCCGUGAGCUUGACUUGACUCCCAACCCUACCCAGCUCCAUCGUGCUCAGGUGUCCCUACUCCUGCCUCAUGUUUCUCUACAGAUGCUAUAACUAGUAUUGUUUGGUACCCCCAAACCCCCCUAUUUCACACCCCCCCAUUUCUUCUUUCUCUUUUCAACCAAGCUUUUUCAAAGAGU